ACCAGUAUAUAUUAACAAGCAUAGAGAAACAUUUUAUCACAACAAAUGAGAAAAGACAGCUAAAAAUAAAAACAUCAUGCACUCUAUGAUGUCCCUCUUAGCAACUUUUGUUGUUCUAUUAUCUGUUUCACUAUCCACUUCAAUUUCAAUUGAAGAAACUUUCAAUAAUUGCUUAUCACUCCAUUCACAAAUUCCAAACCAAUUUCCAACUUCAAUCUACACCUCUACCAAUAAGUCCUACACUUCAAUCCUUGAGUCCACUGCUCAAAAUCUAAGGUACUUACUGCCUUCAGUUCCGAAACCCGAUUUCAUAUUCACUCCAUUCCAUGAAUCACAAGUCCAAGCAGCUGUGAUAUGUGCAAAACAGCAUGGUAUUCAUUUGAGAAUACGCAGCGGAGGACAUGAUUAUGAAGGGCUUUCGUAUGUUUCUCUUAUCGAGAAACCAUUCAUGAUACUAGACCUGGUUAAACUGCGUGCAGUCAAUGUUGAUAUUCCACACAACACGGCUUGGAUUCAAGCCGGUGCAACGAUCGGUGAAGUCUAUUACAGAAUUUCCGAGAAAAGUUCGGUCCAUGGCUUCCCUGCAGGCCUUUGUACAACUUUAGGUAUCGGUGGCCUCAUUACCGGAGGUGCAUACGGUUCAAUGAUGAGAAAGUAUGGCCUCGGUGUUGACAACGUCAUUGACGCUAAAAUCGUUGAUGCUAAUGGAAAAAUUCUUGACAGAAAAGCAAUGGGAGAAGACCUAUUUUGGGCUAUAAGAGGAGGCGGAGGAGGCAGCUUCGGAGUUAUUCUCUGGUGGAAGAUCAAGUUAGUUCCGGUGCCGCAGACUGUGACAGUUUUCACAGUAACAAAAAGCUUAGAACAUGGAGCAAACAAACUUCUUUAUAGAUGGCAGCAAGUAGCACCAAAUAUUGAUGAAAAUCUCUUCAUCAGAGUGAUUAUUCAACCAGGAAAUGGUAGUGUUCCAGGUCAAAGAACUGUAACUACUUCUUACCAAGCUCUAUUUCUUGGUGGAGCUAAUAGACUUCUCCAAGUUAUGAAGAAAAGUUUUCCUGAAUUAGGCUUAACAAGAAAGGAUUGUUUGGAAACUAGCUGGAUUAAAUCGGUUCUUUACAUCGCCGGAUAUCCAAAUGAUACACCACCAGAAAUUCUGCUCAAAGGAAAACCUACAUCCAAGGCUUACUUCAAAGCAAAAUCAGAUUUUGUCAGACAAGUGAUUCCAGAAACUUCCCUUAAUACCUUAUGGAAAGUUUUUCUUCAAGAUGAUGGUGCUUUAAUGAUAUGGAAUCCCUAUGGAGGAAUGAUGAGUAGGAUUGCGGAAUCCGCGACGCCUUUUCCUCACAGAAAAGGAACACUUUACAAAAUUCAGUACUUAACUGGAUGGAUUGAUGGAGAAAAGAAUAUGGCAAAACAUAUGAGAUGGAUGAGGAAAUUUUACUACUAUAUGACACCUUAUGCAUCAAAAUAUCCAAGGGAAAACUAUGUGAAUUAUAGAGAUUUGGAUAUAGGGAUGAAUCAGAAGAAUUCUACAAGCCUUUCAUUGGCUUACUCUUGGGGUUAUAGGUAUUUUAAGGGUAACUUUAAUAGGUUAGUAAAGGUGAAAACUAAAGUUGAUCCAUCAAAUUUCUUUAGGCAUGAGCAGAGUAUCCCUCCACUGCCAAUUGGUAAGAAAAUGUAGAUGGCAAGAAGAGAAAAUCAAAGGGGUCUAUGGCUAGAAUGUUAGAUCAAAAUUUCAAUGUCACAAAUAUGGUGAAGUUAAAUCUGUUUACAUGUUAAAUUAUUAAUGAAGAAUAAAGAUUGUAUGCAUAUAUUUUUGUUCAA